GUUGCUGGUUUUUCUUUGAACACGGGGAAGACUUGAGCUGGGAACUUGCAUCCGUGGAGCUCCCAGCUAACAGGCGUCUGCUCUCUGUUCCUGCUGAGGGUCCCCAUUGCUUCGGGGUGGCAGCAGGGCAGGGAGCAUGAGGCCGCCUCCUGCUGCCUUCCUCUGCCCCUUGCCCCCUUCUCCUUCCCUCUCCGUGCUCGGGUGACCGUGCUGAGCUGCUGGUGGCAGCUGGCAGCCCGCCGCCCCUCUCUGCACAUCUUUCCUUCCCUUCCAGCCCAGACGUCGGGAGCAGACAGGCAGGAGGUGGCACAGAGGAACCCACGGGAUGUGAACGCAGCAGGGGGAACCGCCAGCUCCAUCCCACCUUCCUCCAGCGGUUGGGACCUCGCGUAGACCAUGAAUGGAUCCUUCUUCAACCAGAGCCUCCUGGAGCAAGGAGCAUACCCCAACAGGACCCGGGGUUUGGGACUGCUCCUGGCCUGCUGCAAUGGGACCGGCUCGGUGCUGGCACCCGACGGUGGCUCCUCGGUGCUGGCACCCGACGAGCGCAGCCUGUACAUCACACGCGUGGUGCAGAUCGCCGUCCUCUGUGUCCUCUCCUUGACUGUGGUGUUUGGCAUCUUCUUUUUGGGCUGCAAUUUGCUCAUCAAGUCGGAGAGCAUGAUUAACUUUUUGGUGAAGGACCGAAGACCUUCCAAGGACGUGGGAGCCGCGAUCAUGGGGCUCUACUGAUGCCAUGGGGCAAGUGUAUGCAAGUGGCUGGAGCUGGUGCUGAGAUGCACGUAUCCAUGUGUAUGGGGCGGCUGGGGGGAGUGGGGAAGGGGGGAUGAUGUCUUUUCGUGUGUCUGUGUCCAUGGGAAAACAAAUCAGUGCUUCCCAGUGAGCAAACUCCAUCGUGGUGAAUGGGGAGAUGUCCCCCGCGCUGCGUGAAGCGCAACGACCAGCAUCGUGUUGCAUGCAGAAAUGGCUUAAGUUUUGCAUGAAACUUGCAGAAAUGGUGAUAAUGUGCAGAUCUGGACUCUUGCCUGCUGUUACCUUGGAUACUGCCUCUUGGGAUUUAGGGCUAAAAAAAAUAAAAAGUGAAGAAAAUGAGAAAAAAAAUAAAGAAGCGAACUCACUACGGAAUGGAAAGAAACGAUGAGGGAAGUGGAGUGCAUGGCAUAGAGCACAUCUUUGUCCAUGGGGUAGGGGAAGGGAAGGGCCGUGUGGGUCGGACAGCAAAGUCUGCAUGCUGUGAAACGUGUCAAUCUGUUGUGUUCUGGACCUCAAGCAUGCACCGCUGGGUGGUUUUGUAACAGGGAGAGCAUGUUCCUCCUCGAUUUCUGAACUGUCCUGUCAAAUAAAAUGAAGAUUUGCUCUUUCACACUGUGCCAGAGGAAGAAAAGAAAACCCCCAUAAACACCAAAACCACUCCGUCCACCCCAAAAAAGCAUGUUUGUUUUGUACGUAAUGGCUAUUUUUUCCUCCCCAAGUGCUGCGUUGUUACGGUCUUUGAGGUUUUUGUAGCUUUUUUUUUGAGAACUGGUGAACAGCCAGGGAGAAAAAGGGGAAAAAAAAGAAAAAAAGAAAAAUAAGAACCUGUUUCAAAAGAAUUUGAUGUUGUCUUCAUUUUCUUUCCUUCUGUGUGCAGAGCUCAGGUAUUUCAACCCCAGUUCCAGAGGUUAAAUAUAACUGUCCCACCUUCCAGCUGAACUCCAAUUAAAGGCUGUUAUUUCAAGCAGAAACUAACAUGCUUUUUGUUUUCCAAAGGCAAAUAUCCUUUUCCUGAGCAAAUAAAUUUGACAGGAACGAUGUG